AUGCCUUCAAACCUGCCGUAUGCGGCAGAUGCAGAAAGUCCUUUAAAGCCUGCCGAACUCCAAGUCCUCCGCGCGCAGUACGAAAAGGAAGGCGAGUACGUGGGAGUCCAAACGAAGUUCAAUUAUGCUUGGGGAUUGAUCAAGUCCAAUCAACGAGGCGAACAACAGCUGGGCGUCCAACUACUCUCGGAUAUCUUCAAGACGACGCCGGAGCGGAGGAGAGAGUGUCUAUACUAUCUGGCACUGGGGAACUACAAGUUGGGAAACUAUGCUGAAGCCCGGCGGUACAAUGAUCUGCUGCUGGAGAAGGAGCCUGGAAAUCUGCAGGCCAGCAGCUUACAGCAACUUAUCGACGACAAGGUAUCGAGAGAAGGCCUGAUGGGUGUUGCAAUCAUCGGCGGCGUUGCUGUCGCUGCAGGAAUCGUUGGAGGCAUGUUGAUGAGAGGCGCACGGAAGCGAUGA